AUGGGCGCCGCAGCCGCCGCGACGCGCGGAAAGCGAAAAGAGGCCCCCGUGGUAGGGUGCUUGCUGAGCCUGGGAACUCCGUCGGGGCUCCUUAUCGCCUCAGCGAUUGAGAGGGCGGUGAGGGAGGUGGAGGCUGCAACGCGUGUGCGGAUAGUGCUGCGCAUGGCUAACGCCAGUGACUCUGACCCCUUCCAGGCCGAGGCUGCAGCCUUGCAGCUGCUUCUGACAGCGCCACACCCAGACGUGCUGCUAGGGCCGCCCACGUCGCUCCAGGCCUCCAUUGUGGGACCCAUCGCCUCAGCUGUCCAGGUGCCUCUGCUGUCGUACGCAGCGUCAGACCCGCUGCUGAACGCCAAUGCACAGCUGCCUUACUUUGUGCGCAUGCACUACGAUGACCAGGCGCAGAUGACUGCUGUCUCAGCCCUUCUGCCGUUCCGCCCUUCUGCUCGGUCUUCCCCUUUCCCCUUCCCCAUUCCCCAGGGCACGGCGCGUGUGGUGGUGUCGUGGCAGUUUGACAGCGGGGGCACGGCGCGUGUGGUGGCGUCGUGGCAGUUUGACAGCGGGGUGAGUGCGGUGGAGGACGUGAUGAAGGCGCUGCUGCAGGUGCGGUCGGUGGAGGCGUCUGUGUUCGUGCUGCACCUGCAGAACGAACCCACCAUCCGCCUCCUGCUCAAGACUGCGUCACAGCUGGGCCUGUUCACAGAGGGGUAUGUGUGGAUCGCGACGGCGGGCGUGAUGUCUCUGCUGGCCGCUGAGCCGCGCCUCUCCAGUACCCAGGCCUCCUGCGAGGGCAUGAUAGGCACGCUGCCCUUUGAUGUGCCCACGCCACAUCGCGAGGAAACUGUCAAGGCCAUAUCUGGCGUGGCCAAACUCACUCCCUCCUUGCUGCUCAGCGAAGCAGAGGGGUACCGCCAGGCCCUAGUGUCGUUCACAUCAUCAGGCGACCUGCAGGAGCAGUUUUUCCGCAUUGCCAACAUCCAAUACGGCAUCCGCACCAUUGGCUUCUACCAUUACCGUGCCAACACCACCAACACCACUGCUGCUACCACUCCCACCAACACCACCUCUUCCACCAACACCACCACCGCUGCUGCUGCUCCUGCUGCUCCCGGCGCCGCCUCUCCUGCUCCUGCCCCUGCUCCUGCUCCUGCUCCUGCUGGGGCAGCUGCUCCUUCGCCUGGUGCAGCUGGGAACACCAGUGUGUCUCGUGCUUCAUCUUCCUCCUCCCCCGCACCUACCUCUCCUCCUUCCAAUGCCUCCGCCUCCUCCAAUGCCUCUGCAUCGUCUGCUACUGUUGUUGCCCAAGGCCUUGUGUCUAUUGAACAGAUGGCGCAAGUGCUUGUUUCCAGGAAGCUCACAACCCAAGCAGCAGCGCUGGCAGCAGUGAAAUCGAGCAGCACGCAAGCAGGGACGGACGGGGCUGGAACGUCUGUGGGCGGUGCUGGUGGUGUACUGCGAGACGUGGUGUGGCCGGGGGGGACCAAGACCGAGGUGCCUGUGGGCUCCUUCCCGAAGAGCUCUGCACCACUGCAGAUUGCAGUGCCAGUCAAGCGGGGCUACCACCAGUUUGUAUUUGUGGGCGACGCGCUCUCCAACCUCUCUCGCUCCAACGAGAAGUUCUCCGGGUUCUGCAUCGACGUGUUCAAGGCCGCCGUGGCGCUGCUGCCGUACAACCUGCAGUACCAGUUCGUGGCGUUCGGGGACGGCCUCAGUGAUCCUAACUAUGACACCAUGGUCGCUGCUGUCGCUAACAAGACGUACGAUGCAGCAGUGGGGGAUAUCACCAUCACAGCGCAGAGAGCCCAGCUAGUCGAAUUCACCCAGCCCUUCGAGGCAUCCGGGCUGACGAUGAUUGUGCCAGUGCAGCAAGCACCGCCGGACACGUGGGCGUUCUUCCGGCCGUUCACCCCGGGCAUGUGGGUGCUGCUCUACUUCUCCUUCUUCUACACGGCGCUCGUCGUCUGGUUCCUCGAGCACCUGCAGAACGACGACUUUGGUGGCAAGCUGCACCAGCAGCUCGCCACUAGUGUCUGGUUCUCCUUUUCCACGAUGACCUUCUCCCAAGAGGAGAAUGUGAAGACGACCCUGGGGCGCAUAGUGGUGAUAGUGUGGCUGUUCGUGGUGUUUGUCAUCUCCUCUGCCUACACCGCCAGUCUCUCCUCCGUGCUUACCGUCAGCCAGUCCGAACCCACCAUCCAGGACUUCCAAUCGCUGGUGGUGACAAACGACGCAGUGGGGUAUCAGCGCGGGUCCUUCUCCUUUGAGUACCUUCGAAGUGUGGGGAUCAACGAGUCGCGGCUGGUGGCGUUAUCAGACGAGGCGGAGGUGGACGGGGCGUUGAACCGCACGGACGUGGUGGCGAUGGUGGACGAGGAGCCCUACGUGGAUAUCUUCCUCUCCGACUACUGCGUCUACAGCAAACCCUCCCACUCCUUCGCCACCUUCAACCUCGGCUUUGCGUUUCAGAAGGGGUCAUCACUGGCCAACGACAUGUCCAUUGCCAUAGAGGCGCUCGCUCAGAACGGCCAGCUGCAGUCGCUGCACGACCUCUGGCUGCACGGUCGGGGCACGUGCAGCAGCGGGCCGUCACUGCAGUCAAUCCGUCUGGGGCCGGACUCCUUCUGGGGGCUCUUCCUGCUCUACGUCGUCGCAGCAUGCGGGGCAUGCCUCCUCUACGUGGUGCUGCUUGUCUACCGCGGACUCAAGGCCUUCCAGCAUGCGCGCCAUGCCCAUGCGGAGGACAGCGAUGAGCACACCAACCCCAUUGCCCCCAUGCCUAAGCCUAAGAGGCUCAAGAGCCACGUCAGGCAUUACAAGAGCGCUUACACUGCUGGCGUGGAGUGGAGUAUGCAGAGGAACAUGGGUUAUUCAACACGCACACCUGCCGGGGUGCUCAGCAGCAGUGACCUGUCCAAGUAUGACCCACCACCCGUCUCCGCCCCACUCGUCGAGGCCCAUCCCGUCACCUCGGAGUCCCUCUAUUCUGCCACGCAAAACCACACACGCCGCGCUCGUUCCCCACAACGCGUGCGAAUCCCAGCGAUCUUCCUCGAUCUCACGACAGCCGCCCCUAGUCACCACACGGCAAUCAUCAUGGGUGUCGAUUCCCCCCGUCGCACGUUCCUCUCCUCUCCCGCCACAGUCAAGCCUGGCGGAAACCCGGCCUACAAGGCCUCGGGAAAUCUCAUCGCCGCGGCCGCGCUCUCCGCUUCCGCCUCCGCGGCUUCCGCGACGGCUGCCGUCGCGCCUCCGCUGGCUUCUUCCGCCACCGGUGCUUCCCCGCUCGCCGCGGGGCUGUCUCCGCACCGCAAGGCUUCACCGAGCGCCCUUGCGCUGAUGAUGAUUCGGCGGGAGGCAGCAGCGGCUGGCGAUGUUACUAAAAACGCAUCCUCCUUCCUCUCUCCCCGAAAGAACAGCAGCGGCGCCGCCGCCAACGGCACCAACGGCGCCGUCGCUUCGGAUGGAUUAUCCUACGCGACGGUCGAUGCCGCGACAGCCGGCUUCGUGUCUCUGAGUCUGGGCGACUCGGCGGACACAGCGGCGCGCGCAGCCAUGAAUCUCCUCUCCCUGGAAGACGCCCAGAACGCGAAAGCGCCACCGCCACCUACCACGCCGCAAUCGGCGGCUGUGCUGAACGGGAGCGCCGGAUCGCCGCUCCUGAAACGCGUGGGCUCCGCCGCCGUCGCCGCCGCCGCCGCCGCCGCCACUAAUUCGCCUACUAAAAACGGCGCGGCGGCCGCCCCAGCUGCACCGGCGAAGUUCGUGUAUCACGAGGACAGGGUGCGCGUGGUGCGGCCCGAGGACGACGCGGACGGCAAGGCGCUGCGCGCCAAGCUGGUGGCGCUCGUGCCGUUCCAGAAGGGACAGCUGAUCGCCAAAAUCGAAGGCGUCUCCUGGGACGUGCCGUGCAGCUACAGCACGGUGCAGUACGGUGCGCAGCGGCACCUGGAGCUGAACUCCGACCUGGUCUACAUGAACCACAGCUGCGACCCGAACGUGGCGGUGAGCGUGGGCGCCAUGGAAGUGCGCGCGCUGCAGGCCAUCCCUGCAGGCGCAGAGCUCACCUUCUUCUACCCCUCGUCCGAGUGGGAGAUGCAGCAGCCCUUCACGUGCUGGUGCGGCUCAGACAAGUGUGUGCGGCUGGUGGCAGGAGCCAAGUUCCUGACAGUGGACAAGCUGAGCCAGUACUUUGUGAACGCACACAUCCAUGACAUCAUCUGCAACACGCUCUCCUCCAAGCUGCCAAAGCAGCACGGCGCCAUGUGA